GAAAAAUGGCAUCUACUCUUUUCACAGUAAAACACACCACUUUCAGGCUUCUCAAAUCAGGACCUCCCACUUUUCUUUUUUUCUUUUAUCUUCCUGUCUCUAAAAGCUUCAUUUAUAAUUUCUCUCUUCUUUUCUCUCGUUCUCUAUAUUCCUCCAUUUUCAGCCCCCAUGUUUCUGUCUAAUUUACCUGUAAUUCCACAUUUUCUUAUUCUUUUACUCCUCUUUACUUCCUUAUUCACACUUUCCUCAGCUUGUUCUGGGGGAAAUUGUCAGCUUUUAGAGUCCUGUUCUGCUGCCAAUGAUUGUGCACCUGGAUUGUACUGUGGUAAUUGUCCUCCUGCUAAUAAAAGGCAACCUGUUUGUACUAGAGGCCAAGUCAACAUACCCACUUCUAUUAUCAGUGGAUUGCCCUUUAAUAAGUACACAUGGCUGGUAACUCAUAAUGCUUUCUCAAAUGUGAAUGCCCCUCAAUUGCCUGGUGUUCAAAGAAUUACAUUCUAUAAUCAAGAAGAUACAGUGACUAAUCAACUAAGGAAUGGUGUAAGAGGAUUGAUGCUGGACAUGUAUGACUUUGAGGAUGAUGUUUGGCUUUGCCACUCUCUCCAAGGGCACUGUUAUAAUAUCACUGCUUUUGGACCUGCAAUUGACACUUUGAGAGAAGUUGAAGUUUUUUUAACUCAGAAUCCAACCGAGAUUGUGACCAUCAUAAUAGAGGAUUAUGUUCAUUCUCCAAAAGGUUUAACUCGGCUGUUUGCGAAUGCUGGGCUCGAAAAGUAUUGGUAUCCUGUAUCAAAGAUGCCAAAGAAGGGUGAAGAUUGGCCAACAGUUAAUGAUCUGGUUCAACAAAAUCAUCGUCUUUUGGUUUUCACGUCUGAUGCUUCAAAGGAGGAAGCAGAAGGGAUUGCUUAUCAAUGGAGAUACAUGGUUGAAAAUGAACCUGGAGAUCCUGGAGUGAAACAAGGUUCUUGUCCCAACAGAAAGGAAUCGAAAAAACUUGGCUCCAAAGGCGCAUCUCUUUUCUUAAUGAAUUAUUUUCCAACAUAUCCUGUUGAGGAUGAAGCUUGCAAAGAAAAUUCUUCUCCUUUGGCUGAUAUGGUCGGUACCUGCUACAAGUCUGCAGGAAGUAGGAUGCCUAACUUUGUGGCAGUUAACUUCUAUAUGAGGAGCGAUGGACCAGGCGUCUUUGACAUAUUGGACAGAAUGAAUGGACAGACUUUGUGUGGCUGUAGCACUGUAACGGCUUGCCAGCCAGGAUCUCGUGCCGGGGUCUGUAAAAACAUCCCUGCACCAAUCACAGGUUCUGCAGCUACCCCAACUUUCAGCGGUAGCUUUUCAGGAUCCGUACAGUUAUCAGGAUUUGCUCCACCGACCUCUUAUCCAAACACCAUCUUAAUUUGUUCAUUCCUCAUUUUACUGAUGCUAUUGCUGCUGUGGCUGUAAUACAACUUGUGAACUGAGUGUGAACUGCACAACUGAAGUUGUAUCUAUGCAGCUGUAUUCUUCAUUAAAACCAGAUUUUGAAGCAUUAGCCGUAAAUUAUAGAGCAAGAAAAGAUAAAACUAGAUUCUUGUAUCAGUAAAGUGUGAUGGAAUGAUAACGAGUAUAUAUACCCCUUGAGGUCGAUUGCCAGAAGACAUCGCAAAGCCUCAUUGUGAUUCACAGUUUCUUUCAAAUGGCUGAAGAAAUGUAGCAAAAACAUAGCUAUAUCCUGUAGAACUUGAGGUUGAAGAAUCAAAUAGUAUAGUAGUCUUUAUUAUUGAUAAUAGAAAUGUAAUAGAGUUCAGCACAAAUGAAUACAUUGCUUUUAUGUAGCAGAUAUUUACAAUAAUUUAAAAGAACAAUUACUUCCAUA